AAAAAUAAUUUAUUCGUUAUAAAAUAUUUAACUUUAAUAAUAAGAUCGAGCGGAUGCUGAGGUCUCCGCUCUAAAAAUAAAAGGGUUAUUGUCAUAUGUUUUUGUUUGUUAUUGUUAAGGAUGGUUUAUGCUUUUAGAUUACUUGCCUAUUAAGCCGACAAUUGACCAUUGUGGGUAUAAUUCCAUUUCCACCCUCUUUUCCAAAUCAAGUAAGUUUUUAUUAUGGUUAUUUUUGAUUGCUAUUUUAGAACUUUACCGCGUUUUGUACUCCCUCCACCAAAAUCAAUAAAAGCGGAACUUAAAUCUCCCGGUACUGCAUAUAAAUCUCGGAAAAAGAAGAGACAGAAUAUGAUUUGUAACUAAAUUUUUCAAAUCUGAUUAAUCAUAAUUUAAAAGGUUCAAAAUUACUUGUUACCACAUCAUGUCCACCCGUAGAGUAGUUAUAACCGGUUUAGGUUUAGUUACUCCUUUAGGGGUUGGUGUUUCUACCACUUGGAAAAACUUGCUUGCUGGGAAGAGUGGACUCAUUUCGACUACGACUUUACCAAACUAUACUAAAGAUGGUUGGGAUCAAAUACCUUCAAAAGUAAUUGGAAAAGUACCAGAGGGGUCAAUUUCCGAGGGGAAGUGGAAUGAAAAUGAUCAUUUUGAAAAGGGUGAACUUCGAAGAUUAGCUUUAUUUUCUCAGUAUGGUUUAGUGGCUACUAAAGAAGCAUUGGAUGAUUCAAAAUUGGACUAUUCAAAUUCAAAUAAACAAAGAAUUGGUGUAGCUGUGGGAAGUGGAAUUGGUUCUUUUCAUGAUAUGUAUGACAAUGCUGAAGGUUAUAGUAAUGGAGGUUAUAAAAAAGUUCAACCAUUAUUUGUACCUAAAUUAUUAACUAAUAUGGCUGCUGGUAACAUAUCUAUAAAAUAUGGAUUCCAAGGUCCUUUGCAUUCAGUGUCUACUGCUUGUGCUACUGGAUUACAUGCUAUUGGUGAUGCUUUUAACUUCAUUAAGAAUGAUUAUGCUGAUGUAAUGGUUUGUGGAGGUACUGAAUCAUCGAUUCAUCCUUUAGCAUUAGCAGGAUUUUCGCGUGCGAGAUCAGUUACUACUGAAUUUAAUGAUAUUCCAGAAGAAGCAAGUAGACCAUUUGAUGCAGCUAGAAAUGGAUUUGUAUUAGGUGAAGGAUGUGGUAUAGUUAUAUUAGAAACAUUAGAGCAUGCUUUAAAAAGAGGAUUAACUGAAGAUGAUAUUUAUGCUGAAGUUAAAGGAUAUGGACUUUCAGGUGAUGCUCAUCAUAUAACUGCUCCAUUAGAAAAUGGAGAUGGGGCAUAUUUAUCUAUGAAAAUGGCAGUUGAGAGAAGUGGCAUUGAACCAAAUCAAGUAGAUUAUAUAAAUGCUCAUGCUACAUCUACAAUCAUAGGUGAUAGAGCUGAGAAUAAUGCUAUUAACCAUUUAUUUAAUGUGUCAACUUCUAACUCAUCAUCGCCACCAUUAUCCAUAUCAGGUACGAAAUCUUCUAUUGGUCAUUUAUUAGGUGCGGCAGGUGCAGUUGAAUCAGUAUUCACGAUAAAAUCAAUUAAGGAUUCGAUUAUACCCCCUACUUUAAACUUACAUGAUAUUGGGAAACAUGAUGAUGAUGAUCCAAGCAAGUUUAACGUGUUUGAUUAUGUACCAAAUGUGGCUAAAUCCAAGAACAUUAAUUAUGCAUUAUGUAAUUCAUUUGGAUUCGGGGGUGUCAAUUCAUCAAUAUGUUUUUCAAAGUUUAAUUGAUAAAUCAAUCAAAAAAAUAGUCUUAUAUAAAACUUCUUGUACAUAGUUAAUGAAACGCAAAUUUAAUGAUAUUAUCAAUUUUUCACAUUCAUGAUAUAAAACUGUGGUUGAGUUCCAUUGCGAUAAAACCACACACGCACAAAAUGCAUUUUUUGCAAUUUAAUGAGACAAGCCACUUAUUGCGACUGAAAUAAUACUAUGACUUAGUCGGGUCGGGACAGUAGGCAU